AUGUCUUUCCACGACUACAGCCACAUCUCCGCGCCGCCUCCUCCACCGCCUGCGAACGCGCCUCGACACGGACAAGCCCUCUCUGCGGGCCGCGCUGCUACCGUGCGACCGGGCAUUGUCACCCAAGCCGCUGCUUCUGCGCAGCUCCAUGGCCCUCUGCACACUCCGGCGAGCGCGACCUCCUUGAGCCCCUUCUCCCCCUUUGCCAACAACACGCCCUCGCCGUAUGCACCCUCGCCGGCCGCCAGCUCGCCAAUGGCUGCCCCGUACAAUCCGCAGCAGUGGAGAGGCAGCGGGCGACCAGGUGUGCAGUAUGCGCCUCCGACCCAGAUGACCAUCAGCCCGCCGCGCCCACAGGACCUGUCGGGACACGAGGAAGCCAUGCCCUCUCCACCGCCGCCCUACACCCCCGCCCACGCCCAGAACCAGAACAUCUCGCAGGCCCUGAAUCUGUCGCCCGCCCACGCCCAGAACCAGAACAUCUCGCAGGCCCUGAACCUGUCACCCGCCCACGCCCACGCCCACGCCUUCGCCCAGAGCCACCCACCCCCACCACCCCUACCGCAGUCCACCACGCCCUCCUCCUCGCGCACACCUCGGAGCUUCCAAGGCCGCCCGGCCUCCAUAGCCAUACCGUCCAGCUCGGCUCCCAUGGCGACUGCAAACCCUCACUUUGCGCCGCCUCCUGUCGCUGGGAGAGAGCGAUCCUCGUCCCGUGGCCUGUCCAACAAGUUCAGCUUCUCCAACUUCCGCAGCAGGAACAACGACCACAGCCCUGCGCCCAAUGCUAUCGAGUCGCUGCACAUGAGCACCAACGACGCGCUCCAGCGAGGUGAUCCAGGCCCAGUCUCGCAGCGCAACUUUGCUCCGUACACGCCCAGUCCUGUAGACCGACGGUGGAUUCCAGAUACGCAGUCACCCAUCAGACCACCAAACUCUCGGAGAGCUGCUUCAGCCGGCCUCCUUGGUCAUGGCACCGAAACCCGCACACCUAUCGACGAGACGCCGCCCAAUCUUCAGUCAAGUUGGGGGCCAGGCAUGCCCCUACCCCCUCCACCACCUGGCCCUCCACCACCUGGCCCUCCACCACCUGGCCCUCCACCACCUGGCCCUCCACCGAGUAGCUCGAGGUCACAAAGCGUGGGGCCCGGUCAUGAUUCGGACCGCACACCAGGAUAUCCUUCGGCUCCCCCGACGCGCAGACCAGGGCAAACUACCCUCGGGCCUAUCCCACCAACGCCUAUGGGGUGGGAGGACGAGCCAGCUCCAGCUCCAGCUCCAGCUCCAGCUCCAGCUCCAGCUCCAGCUCGGUCGUUAGCAUCAAAUGGCCUGCACAUCGACACAAGUCCGCAGACCUGUCGCCACCACGACCGUAUCGUGCCACCUCUAGAAACGGAGAAUGAGUCGACCAUCUCGGGACCUUCCAUGACCUCACAUUCAGGAUCGACCAGUACGCUACCAAGAGCUCCCAGGCGCGAGGGCAGUGCUCGAGGGAGCAUCCGGGAACGCAGGGAAGAAAGUCGUGCUGCACGUGAGCGGCGCGCCGAACCUAGCAACAAUCCCUGGGCGCAAGACCUAGAGCCGUCCUCGGCGAAGCCUGCGAAUUUGGACCUGGCUUCACCUGAAGGCGGCCUAUCACGACGUGGUGCCAUCACAAGAGGUACUCCUCGCAGCGGCGGAGCGUUGAAAUCACCAAGAAGCGCGCAUCUGUAUGAUGAUCCAGGGUCUGCCAACUCCACACCACGAAUCAACACGCACCCGCGAGCUGUCUCUGGCGCUGCCCCUACACCGCCUUUCUCGCCAGGUACGGAACGCCUUCCUCACAAAGUCCCGGCAGCCUUUCCCGCCAAAGCCCUCCCCACACCUCCGCCACAUUCUGCUGAGGAUGAGAGAGGUCUGACAACACCAUCAGGGGUCGCGAAUCGUUCGGUCUCGCAAACGUCGUUGCACUCUGUCUCAACACCACACGAUCCAUCGCUUCGCACACCGAAACCGACAGACCGCGAUACCUUUGCUCAGGCGUCGAUCGAGCGGCAUCGAGCCUUUGUCGAGAAAGAGAUACAAGCCGAAAAUGAUGAGGAAAGAUUGGAACUCUUUGCUGAGUUUAUAGUCGCUGAAUCGAGGUUUCGGCGAGAUCGGUAUUCCGGCGCUUUUGACGCCAUGGCAGGCGAAGUCAUGGACCUGACCAGAGACCUGUGGCGUUCGAACAAGGCGUCUGGACGAAGAGCCAUCACCCCAAGCAACCAAGUCACUCCUUCCCUACCAAGAAGCAAGCGCUCUGGAUCAAUGUCAGCCGAAUCUCCAGAUACAAGGCCUUCUGACUCGGUUCCCACAACAGCUGCAAGCCCGGCGUCUUCCCGUGGGCAGUUUACUCCACAAACCGAGCCUGCGUCACCUUCCAGCGCAUCGAGCCAGAGGGCGCGUGAUGCUUCUUGGAGCAACAACUACCAUCCUUCGCUAUCGCCCAUCCCAAGCAUGGCUAUGAGCACGGUCCCAGACGAGGAAGAUUCAAGAGGACGUUCUGCAAGCCGCUGGUGGGAGAGCGACGACGGAUCGCAGGGUGUUGGUGGCAGGAGACUAGAGAGAAGCAAACGCGAAUCCAAGUACAUGGGUCUAGUGAUGGAGACGCAAGAAAGCUUCCACCAGGAUGGCCGGGAGCAGCCUACCCCGAAAUACCGUGCAAGUUCAAGUACCAGGCCAGCCUACGGAGCAGACGAGUACCCACCUGAGAAGGUCGGUUCCCAUGACGGCAAAGGAAAGCAGCCGGCAUCAUGUGAUUACUUCCCACCUCCAACCCCACCAGCAGUCGAUCCACAUAAGCUUGAUGUGUCCAGGCUCGUCACGUUGCCGCCUCCUUACCCACGGCAUCAUCCCGCUGUCAAUAACAACCACCCCGAACUAGCCUCCAUACGCAGCAGCCUGCGAACACUGUCAGAUCUUGGGGAUGUGAAGACGACCAAAGCUAGCUUUGAAGCGAAGACAGAAGCACGAAAAGAGUCGGAGAGUGCCUCGCUGAACGACCGACGAGCGCAGUUACGGUACAAUAUUCAAGAGAAUCUGCGAAACGGUCAAAUGAGCUUUCAAGAUGCAGCGAAAGCUGACGCAGAGUUCGAAGCCCGUGAGCAUCAGCGUGCCCAGGAAGUUGUUCAGAAUAUCUUCGACAUGUUCCAGGCCGAAGUUGCGAACACCCUCCACGCUAUGUUCUGUGAGCGCGUCACAAAGGUGACAGCAUCGAUCGAACACCUGAAUGGACGCUUGUCCAGCGAGGCGCAGGAGCUGAACCCAAACCAGACGCAGGAGGAAGGCGACGAGAAGCCGGAACUCCUGGAGAUGCUUACGUUGCUGAAAUGGCUGUUCGAGCUUCGGGAGCAACUCCACAAGGAGCUGUUCGAGCUCGAGAACGAGCGCAACGACCUGUAUCGAGACAUCAUCGUUCUGCCCUACGUUCAGACAAAGAAUGACCAGAAGGUGAAAGAAGCUAACGAUUUCUUCCGCCGCGAUGCCCAAGAUCGAAAGGUGACGUAUGAGAAGGAAAUCCUCAAGCGCUACGAAGAGUUCCUGGAAGUGAUCGAGCGUAACGUUACCCGGGGUGUCGAGACGCAACUUUCGGCCUUCUGGGACAUCGCGCCCGGUCUCCUGGCCAUUGUACAGAAAGUGCCGCACCGACUCGACGGUUUUGGAAUCUUGAUCCCAGCACAGGAGUACAGCGAAACCCCAGCGUACCACGAUUUCCCGCUGCAGUACCUCUACACACUGCUUGCGCAUGCAGGUCGCUCAGCGCAUCAGUUCAUUGAAUCCCAGAUCAACCUCCUGUGCCUGUUGCACGAAGUCAAAACAGCAGUGAUGACCGCCGGCUCGCGCCUUCUCGAGACGCAGAGGCUGCUGGAAGGCGAGGAUCUAGCAGGUGUUGGGCACGAGAUGAAAGCCAUCAGAGCAGACGAAGAACGACGUCUGACCGAUGACCUGAAAGAAAAGGUCGGUCUUGUAGAGAGCCAGUGGAAUGAAGCUCUCGGCCAGGGCUUGAAGGACUGCAAGGCUAAAGUAGAGGGAUUUCUUACUGAGCAAGGAGGUUGGGACGAUGGUUUGAGCGAGUAG